AUGUACAUCUUUAUACUUUGUUUUUUUCUCAUUACCAUCAAUGUUCAUGGUAAAUGUACCAAUGAGACAUGUUUGUACGGUCAUUGUUUAUAUGACAAAUGUAUUUGUGAUCCGGGAAUAUACGGUCAAACUUGCAACAAAGAUAUUGAAGAUUGUGCUGUCGAUUCUUGUUUGAAUAAUAGUACAUGCAUUGAAUUAGUGAAUGGAUUUGCUUGUCAAUGUUCACCGAACUUUUACGGUUCACGUUGUCAAUAUCAUCGAAGGGAACACGAAAAUUUUUGCACAAAAAAGUGUUUAAACAAAGGCAAAUGUAUUGUUAUAAACAGCGUUGAAAGAUGUUCAUGUUUACCAACAUAUUUUGGAGCUCAAUGUGAACAUAAACGGGCACACAAUCAAGGUACACUUCUAACUCAAAAAUGUUCGCUAUUAAAACGUCGCGGUGAUCAUGAUGAACCAACAUGCAUAGCGAUUGCUUUAACACCAAUAUUUGAUGUUCAUUGUGAAUGUCAUUGGUCUCUUAACAAUCAAAAUCGAGCCACAUGUCAAAUAACUCCAUCGCCUUAUUCAACUCAAAAGUGUUUUUUCAAUAAAUCUGUUACUAUCCAACUAUCAUCAACACUACCUGAACCAAUACACAUCCCUGUCUGUCCGAUCAAUUGGGAAAUCUUAGAUCAGUAUAAAACCAGCGAAGAGAAACUUAAUAGUGUAUACAUGGCCCGUUGUCAAUUGUAUUCGAUUUAG